AUGAAGUCUGCUGUGUUGCUCUCUAUGGUCCCCAGUGUGCUGGGCACAACUAUCUACUUGGCCGGCGAUUCAACCAUGGCCAAGGGAGGCACUGGAUCCGGUACUGCAGGAUGGGGCGAGUAUGUCUCCCCCUAUACAUCAGCCACGGUCUCCAAUCAAGCCAUCGCCGGCCGCAGUGCACGAUCCUACACCCGCGAAGGCCGCUUCGACACGAUCGCCAGCGAAGUCCAAUCCGGAGACUGGGUAAUUAUCGAAUUCGGACAUAAUGACGGAGGUUCGCUCACGCCAACGGACAAUGGCCGCACCGACUGCUCCGGCACUGGGGAUGAGACAUGCACCACGACCUAUGACGGCGUGACGGAGACUGUCUUGACCUUCCCCAAGUACCUGGAGAACGCAGCCAGCACAUUCGUGGCCAAGGGGGCCAACGUGCUCAUCUCCAGCCAGACGCCCAACAACCCCUGGGAGACCGGUACAUUCACGUACUCGCCCUCGCGGUUUGUGGGAUAUGCCGAGUUGGCAGCUCAGACUGCUGGUGUAUCGUAUGUCGACCAUGGAGCUUAUGUGGCUGAUAUCUUUGAGUCAUUGGGUGUGGAUGUCGUCGAUGCAUACUUUCCGCUUGAUCAUACCCACACGAGCGCUGAGGGUGCCUCGGUUGUGGCUCAGGCUUUCUUCAAGGCCGUCGUCUGUGCCGGAGUUGGAUUGGAGAGUCUCCUGAACACUGAAAGCUUCGAGGGCGAGUGUCUUUGA